GAAACUGGUCACCUAGAAAGGAUAUGAAUGGUUUUUGUUUUUAUUCACACCGAGAGACACAUCGGCUGGAUUAGAAACUAUGAAGUACUCCCCCUCCUCCUCAUCGCCCUCCUCAGUGCUGCUUUGACCGUGAGACACAGACACCGUCCUCUGACACAUAUCUACUUGUUCUCUUCCGAGAUCCGAGAAACAUGACGCCCAGUUUCCUGGCUUAUGUCGGACUACUGUCGGUCCUUUUCACCUGCUCUUUAACAAUGCGGUAUGAGGAGGACUACGAGGAUGUUACUGUGAAUCAAAUGCUGGCUCCUAAAUCCCAGGAAACAGACACCACGGCAAUACUCAACAAUUUACUAAAAGAGUACGAUAAGAAGCUGAGACCGGAUAUUGGAGGGAAACCAACUGUCAUAGAUGUGGACAUAUUUGUGAACAGCAUUGGCCCAGUGUCUUCAAUCAAUAUGGAGUACCAAAUCGAUAUCAUCUUUGCCCAGACAUGGACAGACAGCCGUCUCAGAUAUAACAGCACAAUGAAACUACUGACUUUGAACAGCAACAUGGUUGGACUUAUUUGGCUGCCAGACACAAUCUUCAGAAAUUCCAAGACUGCAGAUUCUCAUUGGAUUACAAUGCCUAACCAGCUGCUGAGGAUAUGGAAUGAUGGGAAAAUACUUUACACCUUAAGGUUGACUAUAAAUGCUGAAUGCCAGCUGCAGCUACACAACUUUCCAAUGGAUGAACACUCAUGCCCGCUCAUCUUCUCCAGCUACGGAUACUCGCAAGAUGAGAUGAUUUACAAGUGGAGGAAGAACUCUGUUGAGGCGGCUGACCAGAAAUCCUGGCGUCUAUACCAAUUUGAGUUCAUGGGCCUGAGAAACACCACAGACAUAAUAAAGACGACAGCAGGUGACUACGUGGUGAUGACUGUGUAUUUUGACUUGAGCAGAAGAAUGGGUUACUUCACCAUCCAGACUUACAUCCCCUGCAUACUCACCGUGGUUCUCUCCUGGGUGUCCUUCUGGAUCAAAAAGGAUGCCACUCCAGCCAGAACAGCUUUAGGAAUAACCACAGUCCUUACCAUGACCACUCUCAGUAGUGUCGCCAGGACGUCCUUACCCAGAGUGUCUUAUGUCACCGCCAUGGACCUUUUUGUUACCGUUUGCUUCCUGUUUGUCUUUGCUGCCUUGAUGGAGUAUGCAACAUUGAAUUACUACUCAUACAGCAUUCAAAGACCCAGCUGCAUGGAAACUAAAAGGCUGAACUUCUCUGUCCUGGACGUGAGACCUCCUCCACACACUGUCAUCGCUUUAAACAACUCGAUGUACUGGCAGGAGUUUGAAGACGCUUGUGUCUAUGAGUGUCUAGAUGGUAAAGACUGCCAGAGUUUCUUUUGUUGCUUCGAAGAAUGUAAAGGAGGCGCAUGGAGAAAAGGAAGAGUCCACAUAGAUCUACUUGAACUGGAUGCAUACUCACGUGUAUUUUUUCCCACAUCCUUCUUGCUGUUCAACAUUGUAUACUGGGUAGGCUAUCUCUACCUUUAGUACAAUAUAUACAGCAGAUUUGGAAUCAAACGUCAAAAAGCAGGUUUAAAUUAUGAAUUUUACUCGUGAUGUGAGGUACUAUAACAGCAAAUAAGCGCUUCCCUGUGGUAGCUGAAAGAGUUACCUGAAUAAAAAAAAUGACAUCAUGAAGACAGCGCA